GAAAGCCCAUAAAAAAAAUGUACCCAGUCGAUAAAACCUCCCUCCUGGUCCAGUCUCCAGACUCCAUGGACGAAGGUCAUCAUAAGGUUGCGUAAACGACGAAGGAAUCUCCAGCCGCUAAAAUUGCGAAGGUAAGACCAUGAGAAUAUAUCGAUAUUUUCAAAAAAAUAUUUGGGAAUUCGAUAUCGACUGUAGAAGAAUUGGAGCAGCUUUCGAUCAGGGAGGAAGGAUUGAAUGUUGAUUGAAGAAUGUGGAAAACAGCUCUGUAUUCGAUUCCUCGCAGGUCAUUUUCCUCUGCACCAGAAAUUCCAACUCUCUACUCCUUCCUCCAACCCUCCCUUUUUGCCCUCAAGAGAACCCCAUUAUCGUCAUCUCAAGAAUCCACCGACCUCCGUCAGAAUCCAACUCCUCAAACUUUAACUCCAGAUCGCGUCGCCGCCGUAGAAACAACCCUCCAUAAGUCCCUCCUCACCAGCGACACUGAUGAGGCGUGGAAAUCCUUCAAAUUGCUCACGAGAAGCUCUGCUUUCCCAUGUAAGUCUCUCACUAAUUCGCUUAUUGCCCACUUGUCCUCAAUCGGGGACGUUCAUAAUCUGAAAAGAGCCUUUGCAUCUGUGGUGUUUGUUAUUGAGAAGAAACCUGAACUAUUGGAGUUUGAGUCUGUUAAAACCCUAUUGGCUUCUAUGAAAUGUGCCAACACUGCUGCCCCUGCUCUUUCUUUGAUCAAAUGCAUGUUUAAGAAUAGGUGCUUUGUUCCUUUUAGUGUCUGGGGCAAUGAACUUGUUGAUAUUUGCAGACAGAGUGGUAGUUUGAUUCCCUUUUUAAGAGUAUUUGAAGAGAACUGUAGGAUUGCUUUAGAUGAGAGGUUGGAUUUUAUGAAACCAGACCUCAUUGCGUGUAAUGCAGCACUUGAGGGGUGUUGCCAUGAGCUUGAAUCUGUAAUGGAUGCUGAGAAAGUUGUUGAAACAAUGUCACUUUUGAAUCUUCGGCCUGAUGAAGCGAGUUUUGGUGCUCUUGCUUAUUUGUAUGCAUUGAAGGGGCUUGAACAGAAGAUAAUGGAGUUAGAAGGUUUGAUGGGAAGUUUUGGUUUUGCGUGUAAAAGUUUCUUCUUUGCUAAUUUGGUUGGUGCAUACGUUAAUUCAGGCAACUUUGCUGCUGUUUCAAGGACUAUGUUGCGCAGUUUGAAAGAUGAACGUGGAGCACAUGUAAAUUUUGGUGAAAGAACAUAUAUGGAAGUGGUUAAGGGCUUUGUUCAAAGUGGAAAUCUGAAGGAAUUGUCUGCAUUGAUUGUUGAUGCCCAGAAUUUGGAGUCUUCAUCAGAGGUUGAUGGAUCUAUUGGAUUUGGUAUCAUUAAUGCAUGUGUUAAUAUUGGACGGUUAGAUAAGGCGCACAGCAUUCUGAACGAGAUCAAUUCCCAGGGAGUUCCUCUGGGCCUUGGAGUCUAUCUGCCAAUCUUGAAGGCUUACCAGAAGGAGCAUCGAACAGCUGAAGCCACCCAAUUAAUCAUGGAUAUCAGCAGUUCUGGGCUUCAGUUGGAUGCAGAGAGUUACGAUGCUCUAAUAGAGGCAUCGAUGUCGAGCCAAGAUUUUCAGUCAGCUUUUGCUUUGUUCAGGAGUAUGAGAGAAACAAGGAAAUCUGACACGAGGGCUAGUUAUCUAACUAUUAUGACUGGCUUGAUGGAGAACCAUAGGCCUGAGUUGAUGGCAGCCUUCUUAGAUGAAGUUGUUGAGGACCCUCUUGUUGAAGUCGGAACUCAUGAUUGGAACUCAAUUAUUCAUGCCUUUUGCAAAGCUGGAAGGCUCGAGGAUGCAAGGAGAACAUUCCGAAGGAUGAAAUUCCUGCAGUUUGAACCGAAUGAACAGACCUUCUUGUCCCUUAUUAAUGGCUAUGUGUCUGCAGAGAGAUAUUUCUGUGUUCUGAUGCUGUGGCACGAAGUUAAGUGGAAGGUUACAACAGAUGGGGAGAGAGGUAUCAAACUCGAUAGCAACUUGGUCGAUGCAUUUCUGUAUGCUUUGGUCAAGGGAGGUUUCUUUGAUUCCGUGAUGCAAGUCGUUGAAAAAACUAAGGAUACGAAGAUCUUCGUUGAUAAGUGGAAAUAUAAGCAAGCAUUCAUGGAGACCCAUAAGAAACUCAAAGUGGCAAAACUGAGAAAAAGGAACUACAGGAAAAUGGAAUCACUAAUAGCUUUCAAGAACUGGGCUGGUCUGAAUGCUUGAAAUUCGAAGCAUCUCUGAGCAUAAUUUGCUGGGCUUACAGCUAAUGAGCUAAUUCUUUCUGGCUAUGAAGAAACUCAAAGGAGUUGAAGAACUGGAAUCUUAAAGUCUUGCAUUCUUUUUAACAUAUUGCAUGUUUUAGAUGCAUGAAUUGGCAACUGGGUCACUUCUUAUUCUGAAGUUUCCAGCCCCAAGCUAUGGAUUCCGCUGGAAUUUGGAAAACUGAAGCUUCAACGAACAUCCCGAAAGUUCAUCAUUGGCUGUUUUCCUUGGAUGCUCUGCCGGGACCUCAAUCACUUCAUAUUGAAGCUUCUUGUACAUCAGAGGAAAAAUUGUCUGCAGAGUGAGCUCCAAUGUUAAUGAUAGUAAUUUGAGGAACAUCCACCCAGAAACUUGUAGCUUCCGAAAGUCGAUGCACUGGAGGAUGAUCUGUUGGAUGCAGUGAAACAGAUGUUCAAACAUGAUUCAAAUUUUUGGUGGAUAUCAAUAAAACUCGAAUCCAGUUGUAACUGUGUUAAGAAUGUGACUAGACAGAUUUCGCGAUGCAGAAUGAAGAAAAGUUAAAACAUAAUUGGCUUCAACUGAGGUUUGAUCAAUCUCCAACUGACUUGAGCAAAACAAUAUCAAAUGAGUUAAAUGUAGAAUUUUGGCCUAAUGAUUCCUACUUUUCACCAUCUCUACUUGAAAUUCAUUAUGUUAUUUGUAAUUUUGAUCAAUAGAGUUAGCUUUCUGACCAUAAUCUUAUUAUUGGUACAUUCGACUCUAUUGAUUAUGUUAUGUUAUUUUGAUCCAUGGCCUAAUGAUUCCUCUUGAAAUUCACUCCCAGACACACCCACCCUUAGAUGGUUGAUGUUAGAUUCUUGAGUUUCAAGAGGGUCAUGGAUCAAACUUGGCUCUAGUUAUAAUAACCCAUCAUUCUAUUUCUACU